GGUUUUAGCAACUUUAUAGAUUUACAGUAUAACCAAAAUUCCUUUCGGAAAAGUAAAAGCAGUGGUUUUGUUUUAAGGCACUUGCAUUAAUGAAUAUAAAAUUUGUCUAAAAUAAGAAUAUUUUUCAUUACAAACUGAACAUUAACAUAUUUUCCUCAUAAACCAAAUAAAAUAUCUAUGCAAAGAAACUUUUAAGGUCGCAAGGAAUAAAAUGAUCGAAUAGUUCGUUCCUGUGUUUGUGUUUCCAGGGGGAACAAUAACAACAACGGACCAUAUUUCCAAGAACAUUUGAGAGCAACUUGCUUCAGUUAAAGUUACGUAAUGAUGACAGCAGCACUUCUUAUCUAACAACCUUAAUUUAGACACGAGUACGAUGUGAAUGGCUUCUGUUGGAUCUCGUUUAACCCGGUUUUACAUCUCACGCCCCGGUGUUAUUGCGCGUAGAUUUCUGGCACAUGCGGGAAUGGACGACAUGGGCGUAAGCCUGAGCCGCUCUUCCCUUGAACGACUCGAGUUUGACAAUGUUGCUCUUAAAAAACUUCCUCUGGACCCGUCCACCGAACCAGGUGUCCGGCAGGUCCGAGGUUCCUGCUUCUCCAGAGUCCAGCCGACCCCUCUGAAGAACCCGGAGUUUGUGGCGGUCUCUGCUCCAGCUCUUGCGCUUCUGGGUCUGGAUGCCGAGGAGGUGUUGAAGGAUCCGCUGGGCCCGGAGUAUCUGAGCGGCUCUAAAGUGAUGCCUGGGUCAGAGCCCGCUGCCCACUGCUACUGCGGACACCAGUUUGGACAAUUUGCCGGACAGCUCGGAGAUGGAGCUGCGUGUUAUCUAGGAGAAGUGAAAGCACCGGCGGGUCAGAGCCCGGAGUUACUGCGGGAGAACCCGACUGGACGCUGGGAGAUCCAGGUGAAGGGUGCUGGACUGACUCCGUACUCCAGACAGGCCGAUGGGCGUAAGGUCUUGCGCUCCAGCAUUCGUGAGUUCCUGUGCAGUGAGGCGGUCUUUGCUUUAGGAGUGCCAACCACGAGAGCUGGAUCAGUCGUGACGUCAGAUUCUCGAGUCAUGAGGGAUAUAUUCUACGAUGGCAACCCACGCAUGGAAAGAUGCUCUGUGGUCCUGCGCAUUGCUCCCAGCUUCAUUAGGUUUGGAUCGUUCGAGAUCUUCAAGCGAGCGGAUGAGUUCACUGGCCGCCAGGGUCCCAGUUAUGGCCACGAUGAGCUGCGGACGCAGAUGCUGGAGUACGUCAUUGAGAACUUCUACCCUGAGAUCCAUCGCAAUUAUCCAGACCUCACUGAGAGAAACACUGCUUUCUUCAAAGAGGUGACUGUUCGAACAGCGAGGCUGGUGGCUCAGUGGCAGUGUGUGGGUUUCUGUCAUGGAGUCCUCAAUACUGAUAACAUGAGCAUCCUGGGCCUGACUUUAGACUACGGGCCUUUUGGCUUCAUGGACCGUUUUGAUCCUGAUUUCAUCUGCAAUGCCAGUGAUAACUCAGGCCGCUAUUCUUACCAGGCGCAGCCGGCCAUCUGCCGCUGGAAUUUAGCCCGUCUGGCUGAAGCACUGGAGCCUGAUUUACCUCCAGAUCGAGCUGAGCAGGUGCUGGACGAGUAUCUGCCUCUCUAUAAUGAUUUCUAUCUGAGUAACAUGAGGAAGAAACUGGGUUUAUUGAGGAAGGAGGAACCAGAAGACGAGAUGCUAAUCACAGAGCUCAUGCAGACCAUGCACAACACGGGUGCCGACUUCACCAACACUUUCCGCAGCUUAAGUCAGAUUUCCUGCCCGACUCAGGAGGAGGCUGAAGAUGAAAGCGAGACUAUAAAACAAGCCACAGAGCUGCUCCUGCACCAGUCUGCCUCUCUAGAGGAGCUGAAAGCUGCAAACAGACCCUCCAUGGACCCACGUGAGCUUGCAAUGCUGGUGUCCAUGGCUCAGAGUAACCCUGCCCUGUUCCAGAUGAUUUCGGACAGGGGGACAGUCUCCCGGCAGCUGGAAAGACUCUCCAGACUGAAGGAGCUGAUGGACACCACUGAAGAACAGCUGAGGGUCAAGCACACUGAACACUGGUCCGACUGGAUCCAAAAAUACAGGCAGCGACUUGCUCGUGAGUGUGAAUCUGGGGUCGAUGUGAAAGAUGUACAGACGGAGAGAGUGCGUGUGAUGAACAACAACAACCCGCACGUGGUGCUUAGAAACUACAUCGCCCAGAAUGCAAUAGCAGCAGCUGAAAAUGGAGACUUCUCAGAGGUCCAAAGAGUCCUGAAAGUGCUGGAAAAGCCUUUCUCAGUGCAGGAAGGUCUUGAACAGCCAGGUUGGAUGGGAAGAGGAGGAGCAGCUAUUCCUGGAGAAAGAGACGAGACUGAAGAAGAAGGGAGUAAUAGUUCAGGAGCAGGGGCUCGAGGGCUUGUCCCUUAUGACAGCAAACCCCCUGUCUGGGCCAAUGAGAUCUGUGUCACCUGAUCAUCAUAAAACCUUCGUGACAACUAACCUGCUCAUUAAAGCAGAAUAAUCCUGCAGAAGCUGGUUAGGCGUCAGCGGAGGUAUUAAAUGAGGUAUUAAACUCCUGUCUACCAGUUCAAAAAUGGGUAAGGUGUAAGUGAAAUGUGACUGGUUUUUAAUGAUGACUUUGACCAGCAGUCUUUGCAUGACAGGUCUCAGUCGGAAAGACAGAAGUUAAGCCUCUCUAUGUAUAAAAUGACUUGGAUUUGAAUGUAGAAGGAGCUUUGAAAGGAAACGCACAAGCCAUUGAGCAAGACAGCUUAAACGCACAAACUGGUGUAAUUGUUUACUUGGAGAGCAUCUUUUUCACACCAGAUUAAUUAGUUGCACUAAUAUGUAGCCCUGUUUUAACAUACAAUCCAUUCGUAGCUGGAACAGUCCAUUGUACAACAAUUACUUUUAAAUAGUAAUGAACUAUUUAACACUUUAUUUUUAAUAAUUUUCUAUAUAAUCAAUAAUUUUCUUUUUUCCCUUUUCUGAAACCCCCUUUCAAAAACACGAUAAACUGUGACAACAUUAUUUAUAUCAUUUUUAUGAACUUUCCGGAUUAAUAUGUGCUAUUUCUAUUUCUAUAAUAAACGUAGCAAAUUUCA